UGUCCACUCCAUCCGAGUCUCGCCGCCGACACAGCUCGACAUGCUCAGCAACAGCUCGCGCAGAAACAUGCAGCAGGCAGAGGAGGCGAGGCGGCGCAGCGGGAGUCUGGUGCGGGAGCGGAAACACCUUGCUCUCCGCAUCCACCACCAGGAGGAAGUGAAUAGAUAUCAUCGCAACUGCAAUCACAGCGGAGGGAAAGUUUUGCCCAAGGUGGAGAGGAUUCAUCCUCGUAGGUCUGAUGAGGACGACGACAACAGUCCCAAACGCACCGGGCAACACCAGAAACUGGAGGUCAAGGAUGUUGUGAUGCAGCAAGCCUGGCGAGCAAGUGUGUCCGCUAAAGAGGGCUGCGAGGACCAGAGCAGGUCCUUCCAUCUUGAUGCCCCACCAGUUCCAGACAGUGGCGUGGCGACCGCCGCUCUCACCCAGGAGCAACUGAAGAGCCUCGAGAGUAACUUCAAGCAAGUCCUUGAUGGAGAUUCCCAGCUGCAGACCAACCUGAUCAUGAACCUGGACAACAACAUCCACAUCCAGCCUUUUGAGUCGAAGGUGUUAAUUAUUCAGCGGGCUUGGCGUGACUUUCUCCAGAGACAGGAAGUGGAAAAAAGAAGCCCCUCCCCACACUCCUUCUCGUCUUCUGACAAGAUGAGCAUGUCCAUCAGCAUGACCACCCUGUCAGACGGCAGCACCCCAGAUUAUAGGGAGGAUGGCAUGGACCUGGGCAGCGACGCGUCCAGUCGCUCCAGCUCAGAGUCCAACUCCAACAAGGUGACGCCUUGCUCUCCUUCUCCAGACCUGGCCACCUUGGAGGACUACAAAUCAUCUCCUUCGCUGGACCUAGUCACUUUAGAUGACUAUGAGGAAGACGAGGACUACCAGGAGUAUAAGAAGAAGGUGAUGGAGGAGUGGGAGAGCGAGUAUGGAGAAGAGUGCCCCUCACCACAGCCGCCGUGUCAGGAGGAAGGCGUUGGCGUGGAUGCGGUGGACGAUGUCGGUGGAGGCUUCAGGAAGUCGGUGAACAGCCGAAGCCUUGCAGAGGAGUUACAGGAUGUGAAGACCAUCCCUCCUCUUCCUGCCCCCACCGUGCACAUCGCCACCUCCGAAGCUGCCGUCCCGGAGGAACUUAAACAAAACGGAAAUGUGAUUUUGCCCAGAAACCACCAGCUCCACUCCUCUGUCACAGCCCAGGGCCGUGGAACAGGGACUCGCAAACCCAGACACCGCAGUUCAAGUCAAGGCAGAGGGAGGUGGAACACUGGGGGAGGUGGAAGCGGCGGAGAAGAUGGUGGAGGCGGCACUGGGGCAAUAGGGCAGCGUGUGGGGAGAUACAAAGAGGAAGAGGGCGGCGAGGACGACCCUUUGCCCACCAUGGACUGGGCCGCGCUGGAGAGGCACCUGGCUGGCCUGCAGUGCCGAGAACAGGAGAAUCAGAACCUCAACCACAAUCAGAACUACAACGUGGGAAGAACUAACUACACUUCGGCCCAAAAGAAUGAGAGGGAGUCGAUCAGGCAGAAGUUGGCCCUGGGCAGUUUCUUCGACGAUGGACCCGGCAUCUACACCAGCUGCAGCAAGAGCGGCAAACCCAGCCUAUCGUCAAGGCUGCAGAGCGGGAUGAACCUUCAGAUCUGUUUCGUCAACGACAGCGGCAGUGACAAGGACAGCGAUGCAGAUGACAGCAAGACGGAGACCAGCCUGGACACGCCCCUCUCCCCCAUGUCCAAGCAGAGCUCCUCCUACUCAGACAGGGACACCACCGAAGACGACUCGGAGUCUCUGGAGGACAUGGACUUCCUGAGUCGGCAGAAGAAGCUCCAGGCGGAGGCCAAGCUGGCUCUGGCGAUGGCCAAGCCCAUGGCCAAGAUGCAGGUGGAGGUGGAAAAACAGAACCGCAAAAAGUCACCCGUGGCUGACCUGCUGCCACACAUGCCUCACAUCAGUGAGUGUCUGAUGAAGAGGAGCUUGAAGCCCACCGACCUGCGGGACAUGACCCUGGGCCAGCUGCAGGUCAUAGUCAACGACCUGCACUCCCAAAUCGAGAGUCUGAACGAAGAGUUGGUACAGAUCCUGGUGGUCCGGGACGAGCUGCACAUGGAGCAGGACGCCAUGCUGGUGGACAUAGAGGACCUGACCAGGCACGCCGAGAGCCAGCAGAAACACUUGGCUGAGAGGACUCUCACCAAAUAAGAGUUGCACCGCGCCCACAUCCAGCAAGACCCAGGCCGGACUCCAUCCUCACCCCCGCCCCACCCAUGAGUGAUAGCUACAACAACGCAUUGUUUUCUGGAGGCAUUAGUAGUUGCUUACAUCACUCUGAUUUCCUCCCACCAAACUUAAAACCAGGUUGCUGUGGGGUGGACUUCCCAUGGAGAUUCUGUUUUCCUCCCACAGUCCGAUAACACACAACAGGUUGACUCUCAAGGUGUGCGACAAACCUCCACCCUGUUAAAAGAAGUGAAUGAAUCAAUCGGAGUUUCUAAAUUACGCUCACUCCACUUCAGUUCCAUGGCCAAUAUGGUGGCUUUAGUUUUAAAACAGUUCAAGUAAAUUAGUCUGUACGAUAACUGUGUCAUGUGACAGGCCAGCAACCUUUCCAGGGUGUCCCCUAGCUGCAGCUCCUCUGAAUGUCAGGUCAUGGUUGGAGGAGAGGGAGGGGCAGCUGUGUCAAACAGCGUCACCCAUGAAAUACGAGCAAAAGCAGGCGUUGUUGUAGCUGCCAUUUCUACAUUUGCUUCAGCAGUUUGACCCAGGAGUUUGGGGGGGCGAGGAGCUCCCCCACCUGCUGGAGGAGGACAAAAGUGAUGAUGUAGUGUCAUGGUUCCCAGCUUCCUGUGCAGUGAGCGGCAUCGCUUCGCUAUUGUUUGUUUCAGACUUUCUACCACUAAAUUAUUACUGUCAGCAGCAAGAAGAUUCAACCAUAGUGGCAACCUAAGUAGAAAAAAAUAUAUAUAUUGUUAUGAUGAUGAAAAAUCAAACACCGUCGGCGCUUUUUUUUUUUGUUUUCGUUAUGUGGACAGUAAAUUGAAAGUAUUUCAAAGUUUUAAAUUCUGCACAAAAACGGUAGUCUUCAACUGAGAAUUGUUCAUUUGAAGGUGCUAAUACGAGUGUAAAGGAAUCAUGCCUGCCUUGUAGUGGAGUCGUAGCUUUUGGUAAAAAAAAAUUAAAAAAUUAAAAAAAAAAAACACUAAUUGCUCUUCAACAUUUUGUGAAUGUUGAUUUUUUUUUUUUUUCUGACACAAGUCAUUUUAAAUGAGAAAAGUGUGUUAAUAUUGUUUUCAUCCUGUCGUUCUCAGAAUGUUUAUUCGAGGGAGGAAAUGUUUAUGUACAGAUAUGUAAAAAAAAAAAAAAAAGAAUAAACUUUGUUUCAUAUAA